GUGGAGCAGUUAGCAUCUCUAUUCAGAUCUUCUCUCUCAAGAAAUCUGAAUUUCUUGUACUUACAUAUUCAACCCUCUAUAUGUCUGCCAUGUGUCAACAAACCCAUUUCCAAGAAGACUCCUCCAUUAAUUCAACAUCUAAAUAAACCAAAAUUAAUCCACUAAACUCUCAAAAAAUAAUCAACUCUGCAACUUGUUCCCGGCUUCUCAUGCCAUCUCUAACAAACCCAAAACUCGUUGUUUUCUACACUAACUUUUCCAGAAUGCUCAAAAUCCUCAACAAAAGAAUCAAGCGCCUCUACUACCGUCUCCGGUGGCCGAUGCGCCGCCGCUCUGAGUCCAAAGUUGUCAUCAAAAAGUUCGGAAAAACCGACUCAAAGUCACAAAUUGACGCAAAAAAUGAACCUGUUGCAAACGGCUCAGCUGCAGUUCAUCCCAAUGGUCAAAUGGGUGGUUUCAAACCCGGAAGGACGAUACGUGUAGCUACUUUCAACGCUGCCUUGUUCUCUAUGGCACCUGCCGUGCCUAAAUCGGACAAGUCUUCAAAUUUUGACGGCGAAAAUGAAGAUUUUACUAAAGGUAGAAAGUCGGUUGAAGUCAAUAUAAGUGCAAAGUCUAUGAAUGAUCGUCCAAAGAGUAUACUGAAGCAAUCUCCCUUGCAUGAGAAUCUCUCUAAGCAACAAAAUUUUUCGAAAUCAAAGUUAAGGGUAUCCAUAAAUUUACCUGAUAAUGAGAUUUCAUUGCUGCGUAGCCGGCAAUUGAGUUUUAGAGAAGACGAGAAUGAUGCCUCAAGUUCUUCAAGCACUAGUAUAAGUAGAAUUUUGAAAGGGAAGGGUCCCAUUAGAUCAAGAUCAGCUGUAAGUUUUGCAACAAAUGUGGCAAACGGUGAUGUGGAAAGCUAUAGAAGUAGCAGGACGGUUGUGGAAGUGUUGAGAGAACUAGAUGCUGAUAUAUUGGCUUUGCAAGAUGUGAAGGCUGAGGAAGAAAACGCCAUGAAGCCUCUGUCUGAUUUGGCUGCUGCUUUGGGGAUGAAUUAUGCUUUUGCUGAGAGUUGGGCACCUGAGUAUGGUAACGCUGUGUUGUCAAAAUGGCCGAUCAAGCGUUGGAAAGUGCAGAAGAUCUUUGAUGACACCGAUAUCAGAAACGUUCUUAAGGUCACGGUUGAUGUUCCCCAGACAGGAGAAGUGAACUUCCAUUGCACCCACCUUGAUCAUCUCAACGAAAAUUGGCGGAUGAAGCAGAUUAAUGCUAUAAUCCAAUCAAACGAAGCUCCUCACAUUUUAGCCGGAGGCCUAAAUUCACUCGAUGAAACAGAUUACUCACCAGAGAGGUGGACAGAUAUUGUCAAGUACUAUGAGGAGAUGGGAAAGCCAACACCAAAGGUCGAAGUUAUGAAAUUUCUCAAGAGUAAACAGUACACUGAUGCUAAGGACUUUGCUGGAGAAUGCGAGUCAGUAGUGAUGAUCGCCAAAGGCCAAAGUGUGCAGGGGACAUGCAAGUAUGGAACAAGGGUGGAUUACAUAUUAGGGUCACCGAAUUCUCCAUACAAAUUUGUUCCAGGAUCAUACUCGGUCUUUUCUUCAAAAGGAACUUCAGAUCAUCACAUAGUGAAAGUGGAUAUAGUUAAAGUAGAAAGCAUUGACCAAAGAAAGGUUAGCAAAAGGCAACGUCGACCUAAACAAAAAGUUGUAAAGAUAACAGGUUCUUUUCCAUCAAAAGGUAUAUGGAAAACACACACACAAGAGAGAUAACAAAUUGACCAUUUCAUUUGAUCAUUUUAGAUGAUAUUAUAUGUAUAACUAUAUGUUUUCCUUGUGGCAAUGGUAGGGGGCAGAUUAUUUAGGACCUGCUUCCUUCUAUUUAUGCUUUCUAAAUCAUAAACUUUGUGUUGGUUGGAUAGAAAAUCUGAAUCUGAGUGUGCUGAUUAUUUGAUCAUUUUUACAGUGUUUUGACUGGUAAUUUUUUGACCAGU